AAACGGAAAGCUCUCGUCUUUGAAUCCUCAACGCGCACCUUCAUCUCAGUUUAUUCAAAGUCUCUCUCUUUUUGCUGCUAGGGUUUCCAUCAACCCUUUCUGAAUUCCUCCUCAAUAUACACGUAUUCCAUCUUCCAAGAAGCCCCGGGAAGUCUAGUGUCAGAUCCAGCGCUUCCUCUGCGAAGCUCUCCCUUGACUUGAUCGAAGUCUUCCGAGGUCAAAAGCUCUCCUGAUUUGGGAUUAUAAAUUCAUUGUUUGCUCUGCAAUAUUCUCUGAUUUGGGAUUGUGCUGUGGGUUCUUCUUCUGUUCCGAUUUGGUGACCCUUUUGUUCUCACGAAGUGACAUACCUUGGUUCGCUUCUCGGCUAAGAAAGUUGUGAGCUUUUUGGGUCAGGUUUUUUGGGUUUCCAUUGGUUUGUUUUCAUCCACUCAAGUUUAAGGUUUGUGAAUUGAAAGGGAACGACUUUGAACAUGUCACUGGACAAUAUUAUUCGGGGCAGAAAUGCAAGAGGGAGAGAUAUAUCCCGAGGUCGUGGACGUGGUAUGUUUCCUGGAAGGGGUGGCACAUUCAAUAGGCCUGGUGGUCCUCUUCGGCAAGGGCCUCUCAGGGUUAAUGCUCAGCCAUCUCCUUAUAAAAUUGCUAAGUCUUUCAGCAGAGCAAAGGAUGCAAUUUGGCGUCAUGAUUUAUUUACGGAUACCAUGGCAGCUGCUGGGUUAGGGAAAAUUGAAACAGGCACCAAAUUGUACAUCUCUAACUUGGAUUAUGGAGUGUCCAAUGAGGAUAUCAAGGAGCUCUUUUCUGAGGUUGGCAAUUUGAUGCGAUGUGUGGUUCAUUAUGACAGAAAUGGACGCCCAACUGGUUCUGCGGAGGUGGUAUAUGUGCGAAGAAGCGAUGCUAUGGCUGCUUUCAAGCGUUAUAAUAAUGUCCAGCUAGAUGGAAAACCUAUGAAAAUAGAAGAGAUUGGCCCAAAUAUUGGCUUGCCUGUCACAGCUCGUGUAAAGGUGGUUGGUCCAUCCAAUGGAAGAGGGAGGAGGACAGUUGUAAUGACGCCAAAAGUGGGGCAAGGUAGCUCAAGACCCUUCCCCCGCAUGUCGGGGUGGAGCCGUGGAGCAUACCGAGGCAGGGGCCGUGGGAAUGGGAGUUGGCGUGGCCGUGGUGGACGUGGCUUUGGCCGAGGCCUUGAGAGAAAGCAACCCGUCGAGAAAUCAGCAGCUCAAUUGGACAAAGAAUUGGAUUCAUAUCACGCAGAUGCGAUGAAUACGUCAUGAUGGAACAACACCCAUUUUCAAGUCCAAUAGUUCUGGCUAACGAGCAAGACUAAUGCAAUGAUAUUUGCUUUGUUUGCUGUGCUAAGUUUCAGAUAUGCAGUAUUAACCUUUGUAACCUAGUAUUCUAAAAGUUUUUGCUGUCUGCUGGUGAAAAUCUCGAUCUAUUUUUCUUAACUUUAUUGUGACCAUGGCGAACUCGUAUGUUGCUUCGUGGAUUGUAUCGUUCUGGUCUUUUGGAAGAACUUGGCUUGAAAUUAUGGUUUACAUGUAAUACAGAUGAUAGAUACUAGUUUUGUCCAUCUGUGGUGUUAUGUGGAUCACUUUUAUCA